UCUCAACCUCACAGCAUGUCACUGCCAAUGGGGGCACUGUCCGCCACAUACCGUGGACCCAUCGACCAGACAGACGGUCUAUGCUCAAACAAGAAGUUGUGGGGAGAUGCAGACUCCCAUCUCCAAUGCAGGACCCGCUUGCUGGAACGAGAAGUUGCGGGGAGAAGAUGGUCGAUCGUCUGUCGCCGAUUGUCGGCCGUUGGUAUCAUUCUGCAGGUCGUCGACAGUCUUCUCAUACGAUGUUGGCUGUGGUGAAGAUGCCCUAUCAUGCGCUUGAUACGGGAAUGACAACGGGAAUUGGGAAUGGAAAGACUCAUGGAGACAAGGAUGGCCGAAUACAAUGACGACGGUGGGGCAUGCAGAGACCGCGAGGCAUAAAUACAUCAGGAUGCCUCGACUAUCCUUCCCAUCCAUGUCCUCAUCCGUGUCAUAUCCUGACCUCUCUUCAUCAUGUUUGCUGUCGCCCUUCUAGCCCUUUCCACUGCGGUGUCGGCCCACAGCAGUCACCAGACACCCUUGGCCGGUCCGCAUCAGAGCCUGUGGUACAAUACUCUUCCUGGGGAUGGGGGCACGCAGGCCGACUCUGUCUUCUCCGGCAUCUCCACUUUUGGGCGUCUCCCCUACUUUCCUUGUCUAGCCAGUGAAGACGAGAAAUAUGAUAUCGCCUUCCUAGGCGCCCCCUUCGACACCGGAACAUCCUACCGGCCUGGCGCCCGGUUUGGGCCCAGUGGCAUCCGACAAGGAUCUCGUCGUCUCAAUCUGUACGGCGGAUACAACGUCCCUCUAGAAUCCAACCCCUUCGUCAGCGAUCUGAGGAUUCUUGACUGCGGUGAUGUUCCUGUGACAUCGUACGAUAACGCAUGGGCCAUCCAGCAGAUCGAAGAAGGCCACAACAGCAUCCUCAUGCGCAAGCCUUACACCAAUGCUGAUGAAUACGGCCUCUCCAAGGCCGGCAAGACCCUGCCGCGGGUUAUCACCAUGGGGGGCGACCACACCAUUACCCUUCCUUUGCUGCGCAGCAUUAACAAGGCAUAUGGUCCGGUUACGGUGAUUCACUUUGAUAGCCAUCUUGACUCCUGGAAACCCAAGGUCUUUGGCGGCUCCCCCAGCAAGGUCGCCGCCAUCAACCACGGGACCUACUUCUACCACGCCGCUAUGGAGGGCCUCCUGAGAAACGACACCAAUAUCCACGCCGGCAUCCGCACCACUCUGUCCGGACCUUCGGACUAUGAAAACGACGGCUACUGCGGGUUUGAAAUCGUCGAAGCCCGUGAGAUCGACACCAUCGGCACGGAUGGCAUUAUCAAGAAGAUCCGUGAUCGCGUCGGCACUGAAAACCCUGUCUACCUUUCCAUCGACAUCGACACUUUAGAUCCGGCUUUCGCUCCCGGCACUGGCACCCCCGAAACAGGCGGCUGGUCUACGCGCGAACUCCGCACCAUCGUCCGCGGCCUGGACGGUCUGAACCUGAUCGGCGCGGAUAUCGUCGAGGUGGCGCCCGCUUAUGAUACCAAUGCUGAACUUUCCACAAUGGCUGCUGCGGAUGUGUUGUACGAGAUUUUGACGAUGAUGGUGAAGAAGGGGCCGCUGUCGAUUAUGAGGGAUGAGUUGUAGUUGUCUACUACAUUCCUGACUACUGCGCUACUAUACACUACUGCUGUCGCAGUAUAGGGGUAUAAAAU